AUGGCGAAGAAUGACGAAAAGGCAAGCUUGAAAAGAUUGGCCAUUGUUAACGAUGACCUUUGCCGACCAACAGAGUGCUCUUUAGAAUGCAAAAAGGCCUGUCCUGUAAACCGAAUAGGAAAGGCGUGCAUUACCAUUGAGAAAAAGUCUAGAAUAUCAGAGGUGCUCUGUAUCGGAUGUGGCGCAUGUGUUAAAAAGUGUCCCUUCAAAGCAAUUACAAUAAUAAAUCUGCCAACAGAACUAACAAAGGAUUGCUCACAUAGAUACGGACCCAACUCUUUCAAACUGCAUAGACUUCCAAUUCCGAAGCUGGGCAAAGUCUUGGGCUUGGUUGGUACAAAUGGCAUUGGGAAAAGUACUGCUUUGGAGAUCCUAAGUGGAAAGCUCAAGCCGAAUCUUGGGAAUUUUGAGAAAGAGCCAGACUGGGCCGAAAUCCUUAAAAACUAUCGUGGAUCGGAGCUGCAUGGGUACUUCACCAAACUCCUUGAGAAUAAGAUAGUCACAUCUAACAAAGUUCAAUACACAGACAAAGUGCCUAAAAUUUUGAAGAAAAGAUUUCAAAAGGAGGAUUUGACAGUUAUUGAGGUUCUGAAGGCCAUGGAUGGCAGGGGAAGGAUAGACUAUUACAUAGAAAAGAUGUGCUUGGGAAAUGUUCUGGAUAGAAAACUAGACGAGCUUAGUGGAGGGGAGCUUCAAAGGUUUUGCAUUGCAUGUUGCAUGCAUGAAAAAUGCCGAUUGCUAUGUCUUUGA